UCUAUUGGGGGAGGACCGACCGCCGGGAGGCCAAGGAAGGGAGGCGAGUCAAGGACUGCCUCCUGGGGAGGGAGCUUGGAUUCGGGAGGCCGUGCUGGGCCUGUUGGGCUAGGCGUCCAUGCACGUGGGAGAGUUCAGUCAUGUCUGUACAUUCGGUGAUGCGCUCCCUGCGCAAGAACAAGACGCUUCGUUGCUGAUUGUUGGAGGUUCUUUCGGUCUUCGUGAGUUUUCACAAAUCCGCUAUGAUGCUGUGAAAAUUAAAAUUGAUCCUGAAUUAGAAAAAAAACUGAAAAUGAAUAAAGUAUCAUUGGAAUCAGAGUAUGAGAAAAUGAAGGACUCCACUUUUGAUGACUGGAAGAAUAUUCGAGGACCCAGGCCUUGGGAAGAUCCUGACCUCCUUCAAGGACGAAAUCCAGAAAUCCUUAAGACUAAGACAACUUGACUAAGUUUAUUCUUUUUUUUUUUUUUUUUUAACAAAAAUGUUAUCAACUGGAAUUCCCACUACAUAUUCAGUGGGAAGAAAAUUUCAGACCUGCAGAAGCUUGGAUAUGAGUAACGUGAUGACAGAUAAUCUUGAUAAAAAGUCACAGUAACAUCGGGCAGUAAUUUUAUGUCAAACGUCUGUAGGAAAAUAAUAUCGAUCACAGGCUGAUGAGAGUUUUGGUUUUACUUAUAAUACCUCACAUGAUAUACUAAUCAGUCUCCAAAAUAUCACCUGAUGAUUGUAUUGAUACCAUUAAAACAUUAAGAAAAUUAUAUUGUUCUUGGUUAAGGCAAAAAUCAUGAAGUAGCACAUGUUACAUACAGAUACAGCAAAUCUGUUCAAGUAUUCCAUAGAUGACUACAAUUUGGAAAUGCUGAUUUAAGGUAUGCUUUAGGUCUUAGCAUAAUUUGCGUGCAACUUGACUGUAGUUUUGUUCUUAUUUUUUUAACUUGGGGUUUACUAUGAUCUAAAUGGUAGGCAAAAGGAUAGAAUUGAGGGAAGUUAGUUUUUUUUGAACUUAUUUUCUUCUUUUUUCCUCUGUCUUAGCCCUGUUGCCCCACCUGCUGAUAUUUUCACACUGAUUUCCAGAUGCCUAAAGCCUCAUUCGAAAUACUCCCCCUUAUGUUGCCAAAAAAUUAUGAGUCUACCUGCCUCUUGCCCAAUUGAGAUCGCUAUUUUCAGUGGGUUAGUUUUAGCAAAAAGGAAACCAAGACGAUUACCUAGUGAUGAUAAAUCGUGAUAGAGAUUGAGAUCAGAGAGAAAACUGGAUUUCAUGGGCCAAAAAAAAAAAAAAAAGACUUUCAUUUAAACAUCACUCCAUGUACAAAAAGUAACUCAAAAUGGAUGUAAUUUAAAUGUAAAACUUAAAACUUGUAGGAAAAGAAGGCAGAAAGUCUUCAGGACUUAGUGUAUAGUUCUUGAAAAAUAGUUCUUAACAAAAACAUUCAUAAAAGAAAAACUUGGUAAAUUGGAUCUCAUCAAAAUUAAGAACUGUUGUUUUCUAAAGACCCCAUUAAAAGGUGAAAAGACAAUCCAGACUGAGAGAAAAUACUUGCAAACCACAUUUCUGCUAAAAGACUCAUAUCUAGAAUAUAUGAAGAAUUCUGAAACUCAAUAAUAAAAAAGCAAACAGUCCAAUUAGAAAAUGGUCAAAAGACACAAAGUGACAUUUCAUUGAAGAGGGUAUAUGAAUAUGGCAAAUAAGUGCAUGAAGAGAAUGGCUGACAUCACUAGUCAUCAGGGAAACACAAAUUUGGACUAUUGAGAAAUCACUACACAGUUGAAAGAACAGCUGAAAUAAAAAAGUGACAAUUCCAAAUGCUGGUAAGGAUGUGGAGAAACCAGAUCUCUCACACAUUGCUGGUAUAAUUAAAAUGGUACAACUGGUCUAGAACAUUGGCAGUUUCUUUAGAAACAGCAUAGGGGACUUCAGUUUCUGGUCCAACAUGUAGGUACCUUGGAAGUCACACUUCCCAUCCUAACACAAAGAAAAAGCUGACAAUCAACAACUGUUCUUUGAUCCAUGAGAGAAUUGAGGACACAGGACAAAACCACCACCUGAAAACUUGAGACAGACAAAUACAGAGGAUCACAGGUUACCUGAGGAGAAACCACCCAGAAGCCACUGCUGGAGCCAGCAUCAGGUAGGAAUGCUUGAAGGGUAAUUGACUAAUUACUGGAGACUGAGCAUGGACUAGCUUGAGUUAAAAACUCUUGGAGACCAGGCCAGGGGCACAUUUUUGUGAGUUUUAGUCCCUGGAGCCCUACCAGGUUCUCACUGUGAAUAUUAGAGAGAAAAAUCUUGUGGUUUCAGCAGGGGGGAGGAGAAAUUAACCAUUCUAAAAUAUGUCCUCUAAAUUUUGUUCUCCUUAACAAAAAGCCUGGCCUCAAAGGAAACUUUUGCUAGAAACUAAUCAUGCUGGAUUUUACCAGAACUUAACCAACUCUGGGGUAAGGGAAAUACCCAACUUCAGUCCCUUCUAGCCUCCUGUUUCACCUAAAUGGAGUGGGGGUGUGGGGAGGAAGACCUGAGAGGUAGUAGUGAAAGUCAUGUGGGACCAUGAUCACUAAAAGACUGAGACCUAAUCAUAAGACUAUAGAAUGUUCCCUUCCCCCUUCACAUUACUACCACAUCAUUAAAGGCUACUUCAGUGGAGUGUCUUUUACCCAAUCCAACUGGGUAUUAUGUCCAACUUAGAACAAAGAAAUUACAAGGCAUACUAAAAUAUGAAAAGCACAGCUUGAAAAGACCAAGCAUCAAAAUCAGAUUCAUAUAUGGCAGGGAAGUUGGAUUUAUCAGACUGAGAAUUUAAAAUAACUAUAAUUAAUAUGUUUAGAGCUCUGAUGGAAAAAGUACACAACAUGCAAGAACAGAUUAGUAAUAUAAGCAGAGAGAUGGAAAUUUUAAGAAUCAAAGGGAAAUUCUAGAAAUCAAGAAGAGUGUAACAGAAAUGCCUUUGAUGGGGUCAUCAAUAGAGUGGACAUGACUGAGGAAAGAGCAUGAGAGGAAAAUGAUACCAGAUGGUAAUUUAAAUCCACAAGAAAAGACAAGGAGAACCAAUAAAGGUAUUUAGGUAAUUAUUUUUUAAAAAUUAAAAUUACAUUUUUUCCCUUUCUUAAUUCAUUUAGGAACAAAUAAAACACUUUUUAUAAAAUGUAUCUUGAGGUCUACACAUAGAAAUGUAAUAUAUUAGACAAUAACAGAGCAAAAGAAGGGGGUGGGAAUGCAACAUUUUUGGAGCAAAGAAAUAACACCAGAUGAUAAUUGAAUCCACAGGAAGCAAAGAAGAGAACCAAACAUGAUAAAUAAGAAGGUUAAUAUUUAAAAAUUUAUAUAUCAUUAAAAAACAACUUCUUUAGAGGUGCA